CCCUCGUCAGUUGGUUCCCGGAGUUUAUGCCAGUCCGGCGUGUGCAGAUGCCUUUCUGCUUCUUGUCCACCAAGGCGAAAAUUAUUUCUGGUCAUCAGAGCGAUUUCUGCUGACGGCCUUUUUGAAACUGAAGGUUUGGGGACACCAGACGGAGUUCCUCGGCAGACGACAGUUGGAUACAGUGUAGUACUGUCACACCGAUGAACUUUCCUCAGACGUUGACACUUCGUGAAGGCGUCAGUCAGUUAGGCCCACGCAGUCGAGACUUAAUUACUUCAGUGAUCCCAUAAACUCCCUGCUGGAUGUCACAGGCACGUGGGCUUUUUUUUCUUGCAUCUGUCGGAAGGAUUUGCUCGCCGAGGUACAAGAGGAAAUGCGUGCUCGUAGCCUUCAGCGCUGUCUUUACAUCAAUACUGCAUUCUGCCGUGUCAAACUAAUUCGAGAAUUUGUGUACCGCUGACCGAGUUGAUUCAAUGUUGUGGAUUUAAGAAAAAAAAAAUCCUUUUGGUUGAUAGCCUCGCGUGUUCUCGUGCCGUAGCCGAGACAACUCUCGUAAGUAGUUCAAUACUGAAGCAGCGGGGAGCCUGGCGGCUAUUGGCACAGCCGCAUUAUCGUUCGUGGGAUGAUGUUACGAUGACAUUGUGGAAACGGAGGUGGUUAAAAAAAAUAUAUAUCGAUGAGGAAUCGUCGCUGUUGUUCUUUAAGGGGGUUGAGCAGAAGAUCGAAUUUCACGCACGAGACACGAGACACACCUACGACCUUCCGGACCAGAGAGCGAUGGUGGGGUGAGGCCAGGCCAGGCGCGAGCUUGCAGUUGUAAGUCGGCUUUUGUUGUGCCGCGGCCUUGCUGCAAACUGCUUACUCGACGUGUGCGGCGGGUGUGGCUGCUUUGUGAUGGUGGUGUGCGAUAUCAGCCGCUGCAUAUCGUGCCAUGUUCUGUGCUGAAGUGUGUCUGCAGAUGUGAGGCCAGCACCGGUGGCUGAUGGGAUAUCUGAGACUGCCACUUGCUGUGCUCUUUCCACCCGCGCGCGUUCGGGUCGAGUAAACAUUUCUUGUGUCUUCAGGACCCACACCAGUGACUUGAUCGGUUUCCGCCGAUGAAAGCCACACCGACAUGCGAGACAGGUAAGCCUCACGGGUAUGUGCAGUAAGGUGGUUCUAGCAUCUUCUUUACACUCGGCUGGAAUCGUGACCUGAUCCUAGAAUUCGACACCAACAUUUUUUUCCUUUGUGGCAAAGUAAUAAGGAUUUAAGUGCUUCUCACCUGUAGUUAUCGGCUGAUUGUGUUGUCACCUUACCUGUAGUCGCCGUGUGCAGGAACCAAGGACAGAGAAACAAACUGCAGAAUGGAAGACGUGCACGUGACGGAUGAAGACGUGGGCCGUUAGGACCUAACGUCGAUGGCGAAGGUGUCCAUGUGUCCGUGGUUUGGAGAGAACGAUCAGCCAUGUCCAGUCUUAUAACGGGCGGGUCACAGCUGAGGGACCAGCAGGCCACAGUCGUCGUCUGUUUAAUCUUUCGUCUAGCAUUCCUGCCCCCACCCCACCCGUCCACCAGAUUCCGUGGGUGAUGCUGGUGUUCCAUUAGGGGACGUCUGUGGAAUGUGAGUGCACCUUGCACACGUCUUCUACAAGCACAAACCUCAGUGACUCGUUGUGUCUGCCAGCUCUCUCUCUCUUUCUCCUGCACUCCAUCCUCCAUAUGCGGGCAGGAGAGGGGAGGGGGCAGACGAGAAGUGUUUCCCUUGCGUGGCGCGUGUUUACCCCUCCCCUUUGACCAGCCCUGUUUGUUGUCUGUGUGGAUAUUUCCUACUGCCCGCCUGCAGCCCAAGUUGGAGCGGGAGGGACACAAGGGGGCGAGACAGUGCAGGGGAUUGUGUCCAUGAGAAGAACCCAGGGAGGCUGGAUACAUAACACUGUGACAGGAGGCUCUGUUCUGGGAACGCCGCACAUCCGGACUGUACCGCCACAUUGCACCAUAUAACAGUCGGCUUGCGUAUCUCGGUGCAAGAGGGGGAGGAGAAGCCGCUGCUGCCGUCUCUCAGCGGCCUGCCAGUCAACUAGUGGGCGGAGCGUGGCGCAGAUCGAGGCAGCGAGCGAGGCAAGCGACGGGCAGAUAGCUGUGGUGGAGCCGAGGAGAGAGGUAAACAGCAGGAUGAGGCGACUAGGGGUGGCGGUGCUGGCCGCGUGCUGGACACUGCCCUUCAUGUUAUUAGCACAGGUGAGGGGAAGUGGAGUAUUCGAACUGAACCUACAGUCCUUUCGCAACGAGAAGGGCGUCAACGUGGAUGGUAACUGUUGCAACGGCUAUCGUUCGGAGGGUGUGUGUUCGGCUACCUGCAGGACGUUUUUCCGGGUGUGUCUGACCCACUAUCAGGCCGCCAUCGCUACGGAGCCGAACCCAACUUGUACUUUUGCGGACUACACGACGCCUGUUGUGGCCGAGAACAGCGUAAAUUUUUCUGUGAGAACGGAUUUACCAAUGAGCAACCCCAUGCGUUUUCGCAUCGAGGAAUAUUCUUGGCCGGGGGAUUUUUCACUGAUCAUUGAGGCCUGGCAUGACACAACUUUAACAGGACCUACAACUGGGAGCCCCCGGGAGCUGAUCAGCAGGCUUGCAGUGCAGAGGUCGGCGAGUGCGGGAGCGGACUGGUACAACUCGCGGUACGCCACGCGGUCCACGGAGCUGUGGUACUCGUACCGCUUCGUGUGCGAAGACAACUACUACGGUGCCAGGUGCGAGGAUCUGUGUCGGCCGCGCGACGACCAGUUUGGCCACUACUACUGCAGCGACAACGGCACCAAGAUCUGCAAGGACGGCUGGCAAGGAGAGUACUGCGACAGAGGUGAGUAGUACAGCAACAAAGCA